UAUUUAGUUUGUAUUGUCGUCUACAAAAUCAACCUAAUUUGUAGAAACUAAUUACUCCUUUUAACCUUAACGUGUCAAGUAAGUAUAAUUAGUCCAGUUUCAAAGCUUGGUUGUAUACAACAGUAACUUAUAGCUAACAGCGGCGAAUUGCUUUUUAAAUAUUUUAGGCAGUGGCUGCCGUUGAGGUGCCCGUUUGUUUGUUUAAACAAAUUACAGUUUUUAACUGCCUCAUGAUGUCGGAGGUCCGCAUUCGCCCGCGCCAAGUCCUCGUGCUGCUCAUCGUCUUCCUGGUGGUGCUGAUGAUGGUGCACCGGAAGCGCACCUGCCAGGGUCCAGAGUACCUGCAGGCCAUGUUUGUCCAGGCGGACACGUUACCCACGAUCUACGCCGUAACGCCGACGUACCCACGGCCCGCCCAGAAAGCGGAGCUGACCAGAUUGUCACACCUGUUUAUGCUGAUGCCGCACCUGCACUGGAUCAUCGUGGAGGACACGAACGCCACCACCUCGCUGGUGAGGAACCUGCUCAAGCGGUCUGGCCUGGAGAAGCGGUCCACGCAGCUAAACAUCAUUUGCGGCGCCUCAGAUCGCAAGGCCUGCCCGGCUUGAAUCAAC